GCUUCUUACUGAAAAAGUGAACAAGACGUCACGAAGAUCACGUUGCCCAUAGAAGAGACAGGAUUGACGAACACAUGAAAACAUUAGCGACUGUAUGGAGCACUCUCUUUCCCGCUGAACACUGAUCUACUUAAGGUGUUGACUGCAGUAAAGUCCUACACGCGUAUGGGAAGAUGUCAGCCACAGGCCAGGACCGAAGCAGUCGGUGGCAGGACAUUCAGAAGGGCUUGCAGUUCAUUCAGUCUACCCUGCCUUUUCCUGGCACUCAAGAGCAGUAUGAGGUGUUCAUCCAGAGUUUGGUGAGGAAUCUGUUUGGUGAGGCAAAUGAUGUGUUCCUUGAAGGCGAAUGGGCGCGAUCUGUUGAAUUAUACACCGAGUCCUUAAACAUAGCAGAGUAUGCUGAAUCAGAGGACAUCAUCAUCUCUCAAGACCUGAAAGAGAAGCUUUAUGCGAACCGUGCUGCAUCCUACUUGAACAUUGGACUGCACGAUCAAGCUCUAGAGGACUCUGAAAAAGCUCUUCAACUCAAUGAAAGCAACUACAGAGCACUUUACCGGAAAGCUCGAUGUCUAAAAGAAAUGGGAAGACAUCAAGAGGCUUAUGAGGUGGUUGCUAAAUGCUCCAUGGGAGUGCCUCAGGAUACUCGCGUGAUUGAAAUGACCCAGGAGCUUGCCAAAAUGUUGGGAUUGAAAAUCCGUAAGGCUUAUGUCAGAAGCAAGCCUGCCUUAAAUGUUUUGCCUGGUUCAAGUCUAUCAGGAGCGGGUAAUGAUAAGCAUUCUCAGAGCUCUGCCUCCGUAGAGGAUAUUGAAAUGGAAGUGAGCCAAUAUAUGCAGAGUGUGGGCGGCAUGGUACCAGUCAGCAUGCCAUUGUGUUCUAAGGCUAAGCCUCUUGUCGGUUUCAUCUCACCACCGGUCGUCCCGGUUGAGACCAAUAAUCCAGAGCCUGUUCCCAUGCCCAUUCAUAUGCCUCUGGUUAAUGGAACCAGGCCUAAUGACUCUUACGCAGUACCAGACACCCACUUGGACUAUGAUGCCGAUAUUAUUGGGGAUGAUCUGGAUGAGCUGUUGGACAGAGCAAGUCCUCCUGAGUCUUCUUUGAAUAUUCCCACAGUGGAGGGACCUAUUCCUUUACCGACCAGUAUUGCCGUCAGUAGUUCGAUACAGAGUUCUUUGCUCAUGCCUUCCCACCUGAGCCAUCCGUUUUUGAGUAUGGCUCCACAUUGCACAGUCAAUUUGCCCGUACUGUAUCACAAGCCAAUUUCAUCGUAUUCUCUUGGUCUGGACACAUUUUCAUCACCUCUGGAUUCAUUGGAUAGUUUGUCAAUUUCAGAGUCUCCGACAGGUGUGUUGCUCAUCAUGUUUUGGACCCUGCUGCUGCCUUGUUUGAUGGGACAAGAAUGUCAGUAUCUUGGCCAUUGUACCUUUGCUUAUUGCCAAGAGGAAAUUGAUGUGUGGACGCUUGAACGCAAAGGCUUCAUCUGCAGGGAAAGUCUGUGUGAUCCUUAUGGGUCUAAACCGAAGAUCAGUUUGACCGUGCCCAAAAUCUUACAGGAGCACCAUGGGAUAUUUAUGUUCCUCUGUGAGGUGUGCUUUGAUCACAAACCCCGAAUAAUCAGCAAAACCAAUAAGGACAACCCUGGUCUAUGCUCUCACCCAGUGACAAAGCAUGCGUUUGAGGAAAAGAAGUGCCUUGUACACUAUUUAAGGGACAAAACAGUCAGGUACUCCAAAAUCCGUCCAUACAUCCCUUAUUGCCAGAUGGAUCUGUGUAGGCAUGAGGUGCGGUACGGCUGCCAGCGAGAGGAUUUCUGCUUUUAUGCACACAGCCUCAUCGAGCUCAAAGUAUGGAUGAUGCAGAGUGAACGAGGUAUCACACAUGAAGGUAUUGUCCAGGAGUCACAGAAAUAUUGGAAUAUGGAUGCUGCUGUUCAUGCCCAGGAGCUUCCACCGACCCUGUGCAGAUUUGGUCCAGCUAACCUGAAGAUGCAGUUUGUAUGUGCUCAAUGUUGGAGGAACGGCCAAGUCAGCGAGCCAGACAAAAACAAGAAGUACUGCAGUGCAAAGGCCCGGCAUCCUUGGUCUAAAGAUAGACGGGUGGUUCUGGUUAGUUCUGUUGAACGGAAAAAGUGGACUACAGUUCGACCUCUCCCAACCAAAAAGCCUAUUCCUGCUCAGUUUGACAUUUGUUUGCAUGUGGCAGCUGGCAAAAAGUGUCAGUAUAUUGGAAACUGCACCUUUGCUCACAGCACAGAGGAGAGAGAUCUAUGGACCUUCAUGAAAGAUAACAAUAUUGCAGACAUGGAGCAGCUGUAUGAAAUGUGGCUGCAGUCUCAGAAGCCGGGCUGGAGCGAGGAGAGCAGCAGCGCUACCCGAGAGAAUGGCAAACAGAUUCAUAUGCCCACGGACUAUGCUGAGGAAGUGGCUGGCAACCAUUGCUGGUUGUGUGGGAAGAACUGCAACAGUGAUAAGCAGUGGCAGCAGCAUAUCACCUCCGAGAAGCACAAAGAACGAGUGUUCAACUCUGAAGACGAUCAGAACUGCUGGCAGUAUCGCUUCCCCACUGGAGCCUUCAGAGUUUGCGAACGGUUCCUCAAGGGCACCUGCACGGAGGAGGAGCUUUGUAAGCUGGCACAUGGAGAUGAGGAGCUGAAGGAAUGGAAGGACAGAAGAGAAUUCCUUUUGAUGAAACUUGCCAAAGCCAGAAAGGAUCACUUGAUAGCACCAAAUGAUAACGACUUUGGCAAAUAUAGUUUUCUGCUUAAAGAUAUUAAGUAAUGUUUUAAUUCAUCUGAAUCUGUUAAUGCAGGGUGUUCUGGAACGAUGAUGUCUUGAGUUCAGUAUUGAAUCCGGCGAGCGUGGCGUGGCUCUCUGGAGGAGGAGGACAUCCUCCUCCUGGGUUUUCACGGAAAGCACAGAGCUGGCCUUGUUCAGCGUAAUCACGGCUUUGUUGCUUUUAUCAUUGGUUAAAAAAUAAACGCACCAUCGCCUUUUAUGUUUCUUUUAUUAAAUAGCAAACAGCGGAUCACUUUUCAGGAACUGGCUUUUGCUCUUGAAACCCAAAGCAGAAGUGCAGUAUAUACGUAUGGCAAGAAAUAGCGUAUCUGAGAUUCCUGUGUCAUUCCCACCCUUUUCUUUUUUCUUAACUGCGAUUUGUUUUGGAAUGUUGGGUCCUGAAUCUCUGUUGUUCUUCAUCCACAACAAAUUACUAUGUUGUGUGGUUGCUGUGUUAAUGCCUGUUGGUGUUAUAUAUGGACCUACGUAAACGCAAAGUCGUCGUCUUUUCAGUUUCCAUAGUUCCUGAAAGCAAAGCUGUAGGGAAUUACUACCAUAACAGUGUGUGUAUUAAUGAAAAUUGAAAAGAGGAAUUGGCAUGCUGUUGGCGAAUUAUAUGUCAAGACGUGUAGAAUAGGCGAUGACCUGCCAGCUGCAUCUCUGUAUCUUAAUAAAUGCAUUAUGGGUUGGAUCUGCUGUGCAU